AUGGCUCAUGACCCGCUUUAUGAUCCGGAACGCUUUCAACCCUUAACUAAACCACCACCAAUCAAAGUUCCACGAACUUGCGAAAGAUGUUCCGGAGACUAUAUCGAUAUGUGUUGUUUUGCGUGUGAGAAGAAAGAGUUGCCAAAGAUGUGGACAAGUGGAAAUGUGAUUGUUGAUAAUUUUAUAAAGGAAAUUCAAUCAAAAGCGAAUAAUCAGCAGUCUUAUUUGCAAUGGUUGAGAUAUGAGUCGUUUAGCGAGAUCAAAGAUAUGGGCAAGAUUGGGAAGAAGAAUAUUUAUUCAGCGAUUUGGUUGGAAGGACCAAUCACUAGACAACCUACUCCUUGGGCAGUACAGAAUAACUGUAAGGUGAUUCUUAAAGAGAUAGAACGAGAAGAGAUAAAUUUGGUUUCAUUCCUUGAUGAGGUUCGUGCACAUCAUCAAUUUCGCGGAAUACACGAAAGUCGUGUGCUACGUUGUUUUGGAAUUUCGAGAAAUCCCUCAACGAAUGCUUGGGUAAUGGUCAUGGAAUAUUUCUCAGAUGGUGAACUUGGACAUUGUCUUCGAGAAAAGUAUUCGCAAUUGAAUUGGGAUCAUAAAAUCUCAAUACUGGAGGACAUUUCCAAUGGACUUGCGAAAAUUCAUGAAUCUCAAUCUGCACUUAAAGAUUUUCAUGGCGGAAAUAUUUUAAUAAACUCACUGGAAGGUCGAGCAGUGAUUGCUGACAUGACUUUAUCUGACGAUUCAGAAAUUGAUGCGUUCCGUGCGGCUGAUUUACCACAACCUCAUGUAUUACACUCAUAUUCGGAAUUAAAAGCCGGUUCUGAGCAUCCAGAUGCAAUAUACACCACACGAGAUUUUGACUAUCCUCCGCUUGAAAAAGUCACGUGUGAAUAUGAAAGCGAAGAUGAAUCUUUUCCAACGAAUUUCGGUCAAUUAUGGAAUGAAAGCGAAGACGAACAUGGCUCAAAAUUAAAACGAUCCAACACUUUUCUUCAGCUGAAACAAACCAGUGAGCGAAGAGCAAUGGCGAAAUUCGCUCAUUUAGAACCGCUAAUUGAUCACAAAGUUGUCUUAAAGCAUCUUGACAAUUCUUAUCAUCUCUCGUUGGAAUUUAUAAACGAGUUAAAAGCUUAUUAUUAUACAUGUGCCAAAGUUACUGGAAUUCCUCUCGCACAUUGCUACGGUUUCUCGCAAGACCCAAAGACAGGAAAUUACGUCAUCGUAUAUGAAUAUGUACCCGAUGGCGACCUCGGUCAUUGUCUAAAAACACAAUUUUCAAAUUGGACAUGGUGGCAUAAACUCAAAAUUCUUAACGGAAUCACCAUAGCUCUUCACGCAAUCCACAAAUCCGGACUCGCUCACAAAUGUUUACAUUUAGGCAAUGUCCUUGUGAAUGGCACGAGGGCGUCUCUCGUAGACAUGGGACUAAAUCGACCGGCUGAUAAAUACAAUACCAAAGAGGUGUAUGGCGUGCUUCCUUUUAUUGCCCCGGAAGUCUUAAGCGGACGACCUUAUACACCGGCGGCAGAUGUCUAUAGUUUCGCCAUGAUAAUGUGGUCGUUGACAACUGGCGAACGUCCGUAUAAAUCUAAAGAAUACAAUGAAGAUCUAGCGAUUGCUGUAUGCCAUGGACUUCGACCCACCAUUAUCGACGGCACGCCACAUUGCUACUCGGCAAUUAUGAAAAAAUGUUGGGAUCCUGAUCCGAAUAAACGACCCGAUUCGAAAUAUUUGAAACAAAUGUUUUAUUAUUGGGAAGAAAAUAUGCGUAUGCACGAAAUCCUUGAUUCCACAGAUUACGUUGGCGAAGAUGUGGAAAAAAUGAAACGGCAUCUAUUUCAAUUUCUACAAUCGGAUGACCGAAUGUAUUCCCCUGACGGAUACAAUAAAAACAAUAUAGUCUCGGAAAAUCCUCUGGGUAUAUACACAAGUCGUAAACUGGACUUUGUCAUGCGUCGAAAGUCUUCGCGUGCUGAACCUGAAUCAAGUCGAUCGAUUAAUACACGUUCAAUUUCGACUCUCGUAUCUUCCGAACCACAACGGCGUAAAUAUUCGGAGAUUAUAAAUGAGCAUGGAUCAAUUGUCGAUUAUGAUCAAGAUAACUAUAUGAAUGGAAAUUUAUUAACGAUCAUUACGGAAACAGGAAAACAAAUCGAACGAAUAUCAGAUAUUUUCCGAACUCAUGGAUAUGCCAAUGAUUUCAAUUCAUAUGGUAAAAAUUACGACGAAGAAUCCGAUUCCAAUCCUGUUGAAUCAACAUCUCUGCAAGAUGACUUUAAGCUUGUUGUCGAUGAUGUAGACCCCGAUUAUACUGCCAUACCACCGCAAACACACGGUUGUCGACCAAGAAGUGCUUCAAAUUUAGAGAAUGCUCAAAAGUCUGGAGGAUUAGGUCAUUUUCGACCUCGUAGUGUGUCAGACUCCUCAAAAACCAGUGCACCCCCAACACCAAUAGGAAUAACUUUUAUACAAAAUAAACCACACAGCAACAAACAAGAUGAAGGAUAUCAUACAAAUUCCGCCACUCCAGCAAACAGCUAUGAGGAAAAGAGUCAGAUAACGAAAUCUUCUUCGCACUAUUCGAUGAAGAAUGAUACUUCUUUUCUUCCGUGGAAUCAGCCUCCGUCAACAACAGAUACGAAGCAUGAUACUUCUCUUCCGUGGAAUCAGCCUCCGUCAACAACAGCAUCUUCUUCGUACUAUUCAACUAAUAAAGAGAUGAAGAAUGAUACUACAUCUUUUCCGUGGAACCAACCUCCAUCAACAACAGUAUCUUCUUCGUACUAUUCAACCAAUACAGAGAUGAAGAAUGAUACGUCUCUUCCGUGGAAUCAGCCUUCGUCGACAACAAUAUCUUCUUUGUACUAUUCAACCAAUACAGAGAUGAAAAACGAUACUGCGUUGAUUCAUCCCCCGUCAACAAUAGUAUCUUCGUAUUAUCCAACCAACACAGAAAUGAAGAAUGAUACUUCAUCUCUUUCAUCGAUUCAGCCCCCGUCAACAGAUAUGAAGAAUGAUACUUCUCCAACUGCUGCUUCUAUAGCAAGACGAGGCGAAUUCUCGCGGUCGCUUUCGGAUGCAUUGAGCGUUCACGGAAAUGGUAGUUCGAUCUUUGUUGUUUCUGUUGAUAUUUAG